GAAGGAAAUGUAGACGACUACGACAAGACUUAUAUUCUUGCUAAAAAAUUGUUGAAAAUGAUUGGAGUACCCCUAAACGAAAGUCUAACAAACUUCUCGAGUUUCUGUUGGAAUUCACUUUUCUGGUUCAACUUCGCCAAUAUAUUGCUAUCGAUUGCAUUGGAGACGACGAACAUGUUUGUCAUGGCUUCAAUUGGGACGUUUCUUGACCUGUUUACCAUGAUGCCUUGUGUCGGGUUCCUUAUUGUAACAAUUGCCAAGAUCUACAAGAUCAAGCGCUACAGGUCUGUUUUCAAGAACCUGAUGAUGGAGCCACGAGAUAUGUGGCCGACGGGACGCAUAUCAGAAGAUGAACAUAAGAUUAUUAGUGAUGCAAUGGAUCGACUCCGAAUUGUUGUAAAAGUGUAUUUCUUAUGCAACGCUAUGCUAGCGAGCAUUUUUACGGUGCCAUCAAUGAUAGCCUGGAUAAAAAAUCGAACUGGUCAAGACGUAGAACUUAUAUUCGGUUUCUCUUACUGGCUGCCCUUCGACCCAUUUCAGGGCCAUCGAUAUGAAAUCGUUUAUUUUGUACAAACAUUCCAUUGUUUUCUUUCAGCUGGCUCUAUGGUAUGCGGAGAUUUGUUAUUUUGCAUCUUCCUCAGUCAUAUAACAACACAGUUUUCUCUGCUUGCAAUCAGAAUAAACAAAUUAAUUUACGUUCCGAUUGACGACCAACUAGUGGAAUCUUAUUCACUUGCGGAAUACAGCAAAUUACACACAUCAAAUAUUAAUAAUCCAAAGAGUACUAAUGACAAAGACGCGGAGCAAAGACACAUUGAAGAGUUCACCUUCAUCGUUAAAAGACAUCGAGCUUUGAUAAGGCUCUCCAGUGAUGUUGAAGACUUGUAUACAUUUACUCUCCUUGUCAAUUUUAUUAAUAGCUCGAUAAUUAUUUGUUUUUGCUUAUUCUGCUGCGCGAUUAUUGAGAAAUGGAACGAAUUUAAUUAUAAAAUAUUUUGUUUAACAUCUAUCUUGCAAAUAUGGAUACUAUGUUGGUAUGGACAACAGUUACUUGAUACAAGUACUGGGGUAGCAGAAGCUUUAUACAACUGUGGGUGGUACGUGGCUUCAAAGGGAAUGAAGAAAUCUAUGCUCAUAAUGAUGCAAAGGUCGCAAAGAAAGGUAUAUGUAACCACUUAUGGAUUUUCAAUCGUAUCUUUGGACAGUUAUACAACGAUUCUUAAGACAUCGUGGUCUUACUUCACGCUUUUGAUUAAUAUGUAUAAACAAUAA